CCGACCAAGCUGAAAUACUUCUCAUCAGACUUUGCAUUAUUGUUCGCCACGAAGCCUCCUCACCUGCGCCUGGCUCAGAAUGCAAAUACGAUGAUUACCAGGAUUCGUAGCAACCGAAGAAAUGACUGGUUGCUGGCUCGGAAGGGAAGAGGAGAAGCGAGGAAGGAAGAGCGAGAGAGCCAAGUACGAGAAUCGGCUUCGGGACCUCGCGGGCGAAGGGUCUCCGCCACUCCGUUUUCUUUGAGGAAGACCAACAUUAAACGGUCAACAAUGGCGGAAGAAGCAGCAGGCGAGGCGCAGUUAGAUGAAUCAAUUACUGACAGAAAGGACACUAAGACCUCCAAAGAAAACGACCGAGACAGCUGGGAAAACCACUGCGAGUUCAUGCUGUCUGCCAUCGGCUACGCAGUCGGCCUGGGCAACGUGUGGAGAUUCCCGUACCUGUGUUACAAGAACGGCGGCGCGGCUUUCCUCAUCCCCUACAUCAUCAUGCUGUUCUGCGCCGGCCUUCCUCUGUUCUUCAUGGAGCUCGCCCUCGGGCAGUACGCGAGCCUCGGACCCGCCAUUCUCUUCCCGAAAGUGGCGCCGAUUUUCGUGGGCCUCGGCUGGGGCAUGGUGAUGAUGACGGCCCUCUUCUGCGUCUACUACAACAUCAUCCUGGCGUGGGUCCUCUUCUACAUCUUCGCCUCCUGCACCGGGUCCUUGCCGUGGGCGACCUGCGACGGCGAUUUCAA